AAACAUAGCCACAUGCUGCAGAACCGCUACAUAGUAGUUCGGCUCGCUCUAGAACCCUAAAACCGCGCUCUUCACCUUGCUGCCGGAAACAAUGGUGGCGAUCGGCAAGUCUAAAGCUCCAAAGACAAUGAAGCCGCCUGGACGAUCCCAAUGGAAGCCUCUCUCUAGCAUAUCAAUCGAUAAGAAUGGCAAGAGAAAGAGGAUCGAUGGCAGCAGCAAGAAUCCUAACAUGAUACCCCUCGGCAAGAACAAAAUCCUCGCUGAUAGGAACAAGGACAAGGAGGAAGUGGAAGAGAGAAAGAAAGUGGAGAAGAGCAACGAGUCUGAUGGUGGCGAGGCAACGUUCUUAAUCUCAACCGCUCCAGCGGCUCAGCAGCUCGGCUUCUUUCUCGAUCGGUUCCAAUCGGCCAAUAAAAUCAAGCUCUCUCCUCUCGAGUUGGAUGCUUACAAAGAUUCAUGUAUGGUGAAGCUUGCUGAAGGUAUAGCACAAGACUUAGACAAUUUGAGUGAUCACAUUAAAAGUGCUUUUGGACCAUCCUGGAAAGAGGUGCUUACAGAAGAAAAGCUUGUGGAGGGGGAUAUAGAUGCAGGAAGCCCAGCACUAAUAAUUAUCAGUACAUCUGCAUUGAGGUCCCUGGAGAUUCUCCGAGGAUUGAAAUCCUUUACAAAGCAGUGUUUCCCUGCAAAACUGUUUGCAAAGCAUAUGAAAGUGGAAGAUCAGGCAACGUCACUUAAAAGUAGCCGAGUAAAUAUUGCAAGUGGUACACCAAGCAGGAUAAAUAAAUUAAUUAACAUGGACGCAUUGACACUUUCACGCCCGGGCAUAAUUUUGCUUGAUAUGCACAGAGAUGUCAAGGGUUAUUCACUGCUUACAUUACCACAAGUCAGUACCGAGUUUUGGGAUCUCUAUAAGAGCCAUUUUCAGCAAAGGCUUCUGCAAGGGGAGAUGAAGAUCUGUUUAUAUGGUGAAGUUCCUAUUAAUGAGAAGCGGAAAAAGAUGUCAAACCCAAUCGAUGACAAUUAGCUUGUUUAGCAAAUGUAAUGUGUUUUUUGUGUGUAUUAAUUGAUGUUUUUGUUCUCUUUAUAAUACUGGUAAAAAUCUAAUCCAAUUCAUCAGUCAGGCAUAAUUUUUGGCGCAGACAAA